AUGAGAUUCAAGCUCGAGUACCAACUUCUCGCUAGGUCAGCGAAAGACUUCAGAUUGUUAACUAUGGGAUCGGCGUUGAAAAGACAGCGUCCUAAUGAGAGCCUCGAACUGACAAAUCUAGUGAAAAAAGUACGUACGAGAUCUAUACUUGAGACUCAAGAUGAUUUUGAAGAAUGUGUGCUUGUGUGGUUGGAUGCAUCGCUGACAUACAACGAUGACUGGACGGAAGAAUUCAAUCAUGCACGAGAAAUCAUUCAGAAUUUGAAAAUAUUCGAUAAGCUCAACGAUUGCGUUAAUUUUAUGAAAAUGAUUGUCAAUGAUAAAAUCUUUCUGAUCGUUUCACACCAAUUCGCUCAAUCGAUUUGUGUAAUUAAAUCUGAACUUCGCUUCCUUGCAUCGAUCUAUGUCUACUGCGGCGAUAGUCUUCCAUUACCACAACUCACUCAAUUCGAGACUUGGGCAAAAGAAAACGAACCGAUAAUCGCUGGUGUUUACACAAACCUCACUGAUUGCUUUGCACAGUUAACCAAAGAUGUUCACGAUAUUUGCGAUCAUGAUUCUAUUCCUAUGACAUUUCUGAGUCCACAAUUGAAAUCCAUGACUCUGAAACAAGCAAGUCCAUUUCUGAUAUUCCAACUAUUCCUUCGGAAUAUUCUGUUCAAUCUACCGAAACCAACGACAAAUCAGGACAAACAACGCGUUUUUCGUUCGUGCCUGUUUUAUUACGCGGAGAAUGAAAAACGUACGGAAGAAAUCACGCAUUUCGAACAACAUUAUGAAUCCGCUGCAGCGAUCGAUUGGUACUUACGAGCGAAAUUUCUUUCGCGUCUAUUGCAUAAAGCGAGUCAAACGAUGAAUUUUGCUCUUUUAUUCAAUUAUAAUUUUGUUUUACAAGACCUUCAGCAGAUAAUGAACGAAAAAGCCAUCAUAUCAUCAACGGAAAUCUUCUACCGAGCGCAAAAUUUGAACGCCGAUGAUUUAUAUCGUUUACGAACGAAUCUAAAAGGCAUCAUCUCCAUAAACAGUUAUCUUGAUCUCUGCAAAACCUCUACGCAAGCCAUCAAUGAAGUUUCGUUAACAUCGAACACUCUCGAAACUGCUCUGUAUCAUUUCUCCUUGAAUCACUCGUACAUACCAAUAUCAGAUGAAAAAGUUCUCCUGACAAUUGGCAGUGCAUUUCGGAUCGAGCACAUUGGAAUGGAAAUGGACGGUAUCUGGCAUGUACAUUUAAAUCUGCUGACAAAAGAGGAAGUUAACAGUCAAAUGGAAGUGUUUUUGAAAGAUAUUGACCAACUUUCACAUGAAAUGUUAACGAUUGGUUUGAUUUGGGAUAAACUUAAACAGUCAACUAAAGCUGAUCGGUUCUAUCGGCUGUUAAUCGAUCACUUAUCGAAAGAUAACAUCGAAACUGCAAGUAUUUGUAAUUAUGCCGGAGUUAUGACACGUGUGAAAUGUCAAUAUACAUCCGCUUUAAUGUAUCAUCAGCAAGCGUUGCAGAUUUAUAAGAAACAGAAUGACAAUGGUUCAUCGUUCGCUGAAGAGAUUGACCGAACAUAUGUACAAUUGGCACUUGUCUACCAAGAAUCAGGCGAUAUGUCUCGUGCAAUUCAAUACUUUCAAUUAGCUAGUAAAUUAGGUGAAGAAAUCUUUAAUUAUCUUGGAGAAAUCUACCGCAAUUUAGAAGAAUUCAACAUGGCCCAAAACUAUUACCAAAAAACGAACUUUUACAACAAUAUCAGUCUAUGUUACAUUUACCAACGCAUGUUCCCACAAGCACUCAUCGAAAUGAAGAAGGAAUCACCGGCGAUAUCCUACAUAAACUUAGGUUUCUACCAUCAACUACGCAAAGAAUAUAGUACAGCACUGAUUUUCUUCGAAAAAGCUUUGGAAGCUGUUAAAGAUCAACAUCCAUUAGAUACGGCAAUGAUACAUUCAUACCUGGGUUUACUACAUUGUGAUCGCCGGCAGUGGUUGUUAUCAUUGAGACAUUACGAACAAGCACUUGAUCUUUAUAAACGUCAUUUAAUUACUAAUCACCCGACGAUCGCGUUGAUACAUGAUGGUCUCGGAACGUUGUAUCUAACAAAAGGCGAAUUUCGCGCGGCACAACGUGAAUUCGAACGAUGUUUAGAAUUGCAAUUGCGUGUUCUGCCGGAAAAUCAUCCGGAUAUCGCGGGAACUUACAAUAAUCUAGGUGGAGUCUUCAACGAAAUGGGCCAGUAUGACGAAGCAUUGCUGUAUCACUACGAAGCAUUGGCGAUAGCCUCGGCAAUCCUGCCCGCAGAACAUUCGGAUACGAAAUUAUACAAACAUAAUGUCACUGAGACAAAACGAAAACUUUCUUGA